UAAAAAAUGGAGCUGAAGAAAAUUUUGUUCAAGCUCUAGGGCUCCUCGCCCUCCCGCGAUGGUGCUGCUCGGGAGCGCGCGAUUGCUGAGGUGUAUUUGGAUUUCCAAUCGCCCGGGCCGCCAGUCAGCUGCUGCAGCGCGCAGGGGCAUUGGUGCCGCAAUCAGACGCUCCUCUUCGAUUUCCAUGGCAAUGCCGUCUCGAAGACGAAAUCUCACAGCAUUGUGUUCGGGACCCAGGAAUCCGGGGCCCGGGAUCACGGCAGAGCCUUCGUCCGUCAGGAAUGCGAGGAAGAAUGUCAAAGACGAGGAAUUUGUUCCUGAUAAGAAGCUGGCGGAUUUGAGGAAAUUGAUGAGUGACUCGGGUGUCCAAGCUUACAUCGUGCCUUCGGAGGACGCUCACCAGAGUGAAUUUAUAGCCGAGUGCUUCACGCGACGGGCUUACAUUUCAGGAUUCACGGGAAGCGCAGAAACUUCUGUGAUCACCUUGGAGAAGGCUGCGCUUUGGACGGAUGGUCGAUACUAUCUUCAGGAAAACUCAAGGUCAGAUACCAGUUUGGGAAAACUCUCAGUGAUUAACAAUUGUCCUGACUCAACCAGGAUGAUCUAUCCAUUGUUGAUCACUGGUGUAUUGAUGGAAGGCAAGUCUGAGAAUGCGGACUUGAUCCGGCCCAUAUUCAACGAUGCCUAUGGUAAAGAGCAGGCCAACGUUUGGAUGGGGCGAUGGAAGUUCGCGGAGAUGUAUAAGUUUGGCAACGGGCAGCAGUGGCUCCUUUCACAGCUCAAGAUCAUUCUUUCCAGUCUGAGGUCUUCUUCCAGAGGAGCGACUGGUUAUGUCGGCAGCGCAGCCGCUGCCUAUUCAGCAGAUUGCCCAGGUUUUUCUUGUAGUACCUUUCGACUCUCAUAUUCCAUGGAGGAGAGUCUGACCUUGGGCAACAGAGACCGAGACUGGGCAAGAGAAAGGAACCUUUCCAGGUAUGAGGUUACCUUGGCCCUCUACAGCCGAUUUCUCAGCUUCCACGGGGCGCUUUAGUUUACAAAUCGUUCAGCAGCUUUACAUGUCGCCAUGGUUAUGGAUGGUGUUUGAGGAGCUCUCAAGCAGAUGUUCCGGAACUCGUUCACUAUAGAGGUGGAUGUUUAUCGAGAAUUGAGGGCAUGCCCCAGCUUGCCUAAGAUGGUCGGUAAUGGCUUUUUCCUUGGGAGAGAGUGCCAGAAACAGGUCGAAAGCUGCCUAGCACACCUGCUGGCCUGUCCCCAGAGGCUUGAUAAGCCCCUCUUCAUGUCCGACAACGCAAACAGAAAGAUCAUCGCCACUGCUAUACCGACAAGAGUUGGAAAUAUCACUGGCAUCGCCGCAAGGGCCGUUGCAUGGAAGUUGACACCAUACAGCUGAAGAAGUGGUCGUGGUGUAGCGGUGAUAUCCUCGAAUUCCAAGAUUGCUGCUUGCAAACUUGGAUCUCUGGCCUCAUGUACAAACAGCAGGGGCUGCUGGUGUGAAGCGGGCUCUCCAUACUGCGCAGGUGCAAGGCAAACUUUUGAUCCUGUUGCUGUUGGCGUGAGUUGAGCUUUUGAUCCUGUUGCUGCUGGCGUGAGGAGAGCUUUUACUGCUGUUGAGCAAGUUCUCCACAUCGUUGCUGCAACUCCACAAACACUAAAACAAGCAAGGACAGGAAAACCAUUGUUGCAUAGGGAUUUAAACUUCCUCAUGCCUUAAUGUUAAUUAUUACCAUA